CCAGCGCCAGUAUGACCAAGCCGACGACCGACCUCCACAAGCCCGAGAUCAUUGCGCCCGAGUGGCUGCACCCUGUCGUUGACCUCAGCGCUGUCAUGGCCGACCCAUGUAGCUACGAGAAGACGUCGAUCAACAUGCUGCUGGAGCGCAUCAACGGCUACGGCCUCGGCGGCUGGCACGUGGGCCCGUCCAAGGACGGCAUCCAGGUGCACCACGGUGACAUCAAGAACUGCGAGUGGCCGGCGAUGCGGACCACAGGCGUCGUUCACGCGUCACCAGAGCGUGUCGUCGCCAUUCUCACCGACAUUGGCGCGGCGCCGCAGCUCGACAAGUUUACCAAGUCGGCCAAGAUCGUCGAGCAGCUGAGCCCGACCAUGGAGCUCCGGUACUUCGAAACGAUUGGCGUGCUCUUUGUCGCUCCGCGUGACUUUUGCUCGACGACGACCGUGCAGACACUGCAUGACGGUCGCCUCGUCAUUGCGUCCCGGUCCGUCACGACCGACAAGUGCCCCACCAAAUCGGGCUACGUGCGCGCCCAAGCGCUGCUCUCGGGCUACAUUGUGUCGCGCCGCGACGACGGCCAUAGCGACGUGACGAUGUUUGCGAACGUGGACUUUGGCGGCUACAUGCCGGGCCCGGUCAUCAAGAUGGUCGGACUCUCGGCGCCGAUCAAGAUCUUCCAGACGCUCCGCACGCUCGCAGCCGCUUCGUAGAGAUGAAUGAGUGUCGUAGGGUUGUGAUAGAAUAAGUAUAUAAAAUGAAUUGAAAUUGUACUAGAGCCAAAGAGGACCGUAACC